AUUUAGUUACAUUUAUGCAAUCUAGGUGGCAACAUGUUUGUAUUAAGAAUAAUACAUCCGUUAAGUUCGUGUAAAAAUAUAACCUCAAAUAUAAUCAAAUCCUCCUUGUCUAAAAUACAAUUGUGUUAUUCUAAGAACGUGUCUACUAUGUCAACUUAUACUAUUGUAGAAAGGGGGUCACCUUUUACUCCAGAUUACCGAGUUUAUAUACAUGAUCAAAAUGGUCCAGUAUCUCCACUGCAUGACAUACCCCUUGUGGUUGAUUGCAAUAAAAAAAUAUUUAAUAUGGUUGUAGAAAUUCCUAGGUGGACCAAUGCAAAAAUGGAGAUAACAUUAAAAGAAAUAUUAAAUCCAAUUAAACAAGAUGUUAAAAAAGGCAAGCCAAGAUUUGUAGCCAAUUGCUUUCCCCACCAUGGUUACAUUUGGAACUAUGGAGCUCUUCCUCAAACAUGGGAAAAUCCUGAACAUUUAGAUGAUGGUACAGGAUGUAAAGGAGAUAAUGACCCAAUUGAUGUUUUGGAAAUUGGAUCUAGAGUGGCAAAAAGGGGGGAAGUUUUACAAGUUAAAGUAUUGGGUACCAUAGCUUUAAUUGAUGAAGGGGAAACUGAUUGGAAGCUUAUUGCAAUUGAUAUAAACGACCCCAUUGCUGACCAAGUAAAUGAUGUUGCGGAUGUUGAAAAAUAUUUCCCUGGUUUAUUAAAGGCUUCUGUUGAAUGGUUUAAAAUAUAUAAAAUACCAGAUGGUAAAUCAGAAAAUCAAUUUGCUUUUAAUGGAGAAGCUAAGCCAGCAACGUUUGCUCAUAAAAUUAUUGAUGAGGUUCAUAAGUUUUGGAAACAAUUGGUUGAAAAGGAAGUAGAUGCUAAAGGCAUAUCUUGUGUUAAUACUUCCUUGAAUGGAAAUAGUUUUAAAAUUACUGCGGAUGAUGCCAAAGAAGUAAUUAAUAAAACCCCACCUCAAGGACCAGCUGCUGAAUUGGAUGUACUUGUUGACAAGUGGCACUACAUUAACUUAAAAUAAUUUGGUAAUUAGUUAAUUAAAACAUCUUACUUAGAAAGUAGUACUUUUUAGUUUUAUUGUACUUGGUUUGGAAUAUAUUUGUAAGCAAUAU